GUCAACUUGAAUGAGCCUCAUAUGUCCCCAGUUUGCCGCCUGAGAUUGAUAUCGAAAUCCGAUCCCACAUCUUUGUUUCGAGCUCUUUACCACUUUAUACGAUAGCGACCACCGCCCAGUAUGCUUUUGGAGGAGCAGAGAUUCCUCCAUGAGGAUCUCGAGAGACUCGAGCAAGGCAUCAGUGACCGUGUCGCCGAGGAACCACGACUGGUCCGCGAGCGGUUGAAUCGAGAUCAUCAGAUUGCAGGCUUUCUCGACCGGAUCCAGGACCAAUCGAAGCGGUUACUGGAAAUCUACAAAGAUGCCGAGGGUGCUCGCUCAAAAGAGAUUCAAUCGAUAUCUACAGGAGAGCCAUUAGAAGAAUUCUAUAAACAGCUUUCGGAUAUCAAAUCAUUCCAUCAACGAUACCCAAAUGAACCUGUCGAGAAUCUGGAGAGGGCCUAUAAGAAAAAGGUGACGAGUGAAGGAGAGGUCCCUACCUACGAAAUCGACAAUAUGUUCACUGGAGAAGAAGCAUUUGGAAGAUACCUGGACCUUACCACAAUACACGAAAUGUUCCUCAACCUACCUAAUAUCAAACGUCUCACAUACCUACAAUACCUAGAGGCAUUCGACACCUUCACACCCCCACAAUGCUCAGUCAAGCGUCCUGACAAGAUGACCGAUCAGUACUUCAACUACGUUGGGGAACUUGCUAGUUACCUUGAGAGCUUCUUGCGACGAACGCGGCCUCUUGAGAACCUAGAGAGUCUGUUCACAAGUUUUGACGAGGAUUUCGACAAGGCGUGGAACAAUGAUGAGAUCCCAGCCUGGAAGCCAGAGCCACAAGGACCAGUGAACGGACCCAGUAGCGAUGCGUUAUAUUGCGCCGAUUGCGAGAAAGAAUUCAAAAACGACAAUGUCUACAAGGCCCAUUUGACUGGUAAGAAGCAUAUCCGUGCAGCUGAAGCCAGGGCAACACGACAGGCUGAGUCAGGAGGUACUGGAGAGGCUGGGACUGGAAAGCGAGGGACGAGCACAUUGCGACUGAAAGAACGAGCAAUUGCGGAGCGAGAAUAUCGAGUCAAGCGGUUAGCAGCAGCUAUGUCAGGGGAACGAAGCGAUACCAGAGUCAACGUUGAGCGAAGACAAGGCAUGACUGAAAGAGAGCGACAGAUGGAGUUGGACGCUCUAUUCGCGGAGACCUCAUCCGCAGCACCACAGGGAGGCGACUCGGACAGCGAGUCAGACAGUGACGAGAAGAUCUACAACCCAUUGAAGCUACCGCUUGCUUGGGAUGGAAAGCCAAUUCCUUUCUGGCUGUAUAAGCUGCACGGCCUGGGCGUGGAAUUCAAGUGUGAGAUUUGUGGGAAUUACGUCUACAUGGGCCGGAGAGCUUUCGAUAAGCAUUUCAAUGAGACUCGGCACAUCUACGGAUUGAAGUGUUUGGGAAUUACCAACACCACACUGUUCCGCGAGAUUACCGAUAUUGCGGAUGCUGUGAAGCUGUGGGACAAGAUCCAAAGAGAUAAGACUAAGGGCAAGAAGGACGAAGGAAGUGUGGUUCAGAUGGAGGACGCGGAGGGUAACGUCAUGCCCGAAAAGGUAUACCUCGACUUGCAGAAGCAAGGUCUGCUUUAGCCGGAGUAGCAUGGGGAGGAAGAGAAACUGUACCACGCUUUUUUCUUCACUUUAGCCGCGUCAUUGCAGCAAAGGAUCAAAGUCUUACUUUGCGCAUCACUUGUUCCGGAAAUCUUUGCUUUCCGACUGUAAAUUGUAUUAUUGCUGGUCCUCUCCUUGAACUAACUAGUGCCUAUUUCAUCAUGAACUGUCAUGCCAUUAGCUCCCCAGUCCAAGAAUGGUUCCGAGCCAAAUUUUGUCAUAGUUUCGAUUCUCU